GGAUAAUAUUGUGCAGACACCUAUGUAGUUGCCCUAACACCUGCAUCAGCUCCAGCUUGCUAGUCAUUGCCAUGCUUCUCUACUGCUCUACCUCCGGGCCUCGCCUUCUGCUAGUGUCUCCUGCUGUGUUACCCAGCACUCCUGCUAGCAGUGCAAGUGAUACCUCAUGGGUUCACGCUUUUUAUGAUGUCACUGUAGGGCCUCAUGAUGUCAUUAUGUUCCAUCAAUGACAACCAAUGAAAGAAAAGGAGGAUAGGCUGAGUCCAUCCUGCUUCUGCGAGGACACAGCGUAGUUGGGUUGGGCCUAUGAAGCUGCACCUGCUGCUGCCACUCCUGCUGGGGGCUGUGUUCCCUGUGCCACUUCCUCAAAGGCUCAGCGACUCAGUCCCUGAGGAUUUCUCUGCUCCCCUGGAGCUCCCACAGCAGCACUUCGGCCUGGUGGAUGAUUAUGGCAUUAAACCGAAGCACCCCCAGUUCCAGACUCGAGCACCCCGGAAGCAGCCUGCUGGCCUGCACCACGCACACAAGAGCAAGCGGGAUGAGUCAGAUUUGGCAGAGUAUUAUUAUGACAAUGUCCUGUGAGCUGCCCAGGGACUUGUGGAGUCUCCAUGAGCCCCAUGGGCUAGGGACUCCAGCUCUGGCCCUGUGCACUAGCUGCUUUAUAAAGGUGCGCUGUACAGCAAGACAGACUGAGGGUCUGCUCAGUGAUGGCUGUUGGGGUGGGGGUGGGGAAGGUGAAGGCAGAGGGCUGCCACUACUCCAGACUACUGCCCUCAGUCCCCUGAAUGUUUCUUCAGCUGCUGGAAACAGUGUAGCUGAAGAUGAAGUCCCUAAAAUUACUCCUACCCUCUAAUGAAGGCUACCUGUCUCCGCCUGAGUGUUGAGGUGGGUGGGGAUCCCAGGCACAGAGAACUGAGAUCGCUCAAUCAUAGAAAGCCAUUCUGUGCAGUCCCCCGGCUGCCAGGUAAGCUGCUCUGCCAUGACACUCAAUCUCCCUUGGGCUUGAGGUGCUGGGUGGGACUCUCUGAG